AUGGAAACCAGUAGAGUCUCUCGAUCCCGACAGAAGGCUGACGUGGCAGGCGUGCUCCGGAAAUCAUGGUACCAUCUACGGCUGUCGGUGAGGCACCCGACCAGAGUUCCCACGUGGGACGCCAUCGUCUUGACGGCGGCCAGUCCCGAGCAAGCCCAGCUCUACGAGUGGCAGCUCACGCGCGCCAAGCGGGUGGGCCGCAUAGCCGCCUCCACGAUCACUCUGGCCGUGCCCGACCCCGACGGCCAGCGCAUCGGCUCCGGCGCAGCCACCCUCCACGCCAUUCACGCCCUCGCCAAGCAUUACCGCACAGUAGCCCCACACUCCGAGGUGGCAACUACAAGCAAUGGUAGUUCUGGGUUCUCUGAGUCUCAUAAAAAACCAGAGGAUGAAGUGGAUGAUGAUGAUCUCUCGCAAAUGGUUAGCUUCAUUGCCAAAAGGCAUAUAUUAUUGCUACAUGCUGGAGGUGAUUCUAAAAGGGUCCCCUGGGCAAACCCCCUGGGGAAAGUUUUCCUGCCACUUCCGUAUCUGGCAGCUGAUGACCCUGAUGGGCCAGUCCCGCUGCUUUUUGAUCAUAUACUUGCAAUUGCUUCUUGUGCAAGACAAGCUUUUAAAAAUGAAGGUGGAAUAUUUACUAUGACUGGAGAUGUACUUCCAUGUUUUGAUGCCUCAAACAUGGUGCUUCCAGAGGACACAUCCUGUAUCAUCACUGUUCCCAUCACCCUUGAUAUCGCGUCUAACCAUGGUGUUGUUGUGGCAUCUAAGAGUAGAAAUGUAGAAAGAAGUUAUACUGUCAGCUUAGUUGAUAAUCUCUUACAGAAACCUAGCUUAGAGGAACUUGUUAAGAACAAUGCAAUUCUCGAUGAUGGUAGAACACUUCUUGACACUGGAAUAAUAGCAGUUAGAGGUAAAGGGUGGGAGGAGCUUGCUGCACUUGCUUGUUCCUGCCAACCAAUGAUUUCAGAACUUUUAAAGAGCGGAAAAGAGAUGAGUUUAUAUGAAGAUCUUGUAGCAGCUUGGGUACCUGCAAAACAUGACUGGUUGCGGCUACGCCCCUCAGGCGAAGAACUCGUCAGUAGAUUAGGAAAACAGAAGAUGUUCAGCUAUUGUGCUUAUGAUUUGUCGUUCUUACAUUUUGGAACCUCAAGUGAAGUUUUGGAUCAUCUGAGCGGAGCUAGUUCGGUACUGGUCGGUCGAAGACACCAGUGUUCUAUACCAGCAACCAAUCUAUCUGAUAUUGCAGCAUCUGCUGUUCUUCUUUCUAGCAAAAUUGCACCUGCUGUCUCCAUUGGGGAGGAUUCUCUUAUAUAUGAUUCAACCAUUUCCAGUGGAAUACAAAUUGGUUCCCUGUCUAUAGUUGUUGGUAUUAAUGUUCCAUCAGUGAAUGAUACUGCUGCUGAAAAUUCAUUUAGGUUCAUACUUCCGGAUCGUCAUUGUCUUUGGGAGGUUCCGCUAGUAGGACGCACCGGAAGAGUCAUAGUGUAUUGUGGCCUUCAUGAUAACCCCAAAAAUUCAGUCUCUAAGGAUGGAACUUUUGUGGGAAGCCCUGGAGGAAGCUCGAAGCAUUUUCUUUCAUUGUGGAGAGGUUCACCACGUGUCAGUUUGGAGGAGUUGCAUAGAUCAAUUGAUUUUUCAAAAAUGUGUCAAGGUUCCGUUGAUCAUCAAGCAGACCUUGCAUCUGGAAUUGCUAAAGCGUGCAUUAAAUAUGGGAUGCUUGGCUGCAACUUAUAUCAAUUGUGUGAAGAAAUUCUGCAAAAGGAAGAUUUAGGAGUCAAAAUAUGUGAGGACUUUCUAGGUCUUUGUCCCAGACUCUUGGAGCAGAACUCUAAGAUUCUUCCCAAAAGCCGAGCUUACCAGCUUCAGGUUGAUCUUCUUCGAGCAUGCAGGAAUGAAACAACAGCUUGUAAGUUGGAUCACAAAGUUUGGGAUGCAGUUGCUGAUGAAACUGCUUCAGCUGUAAAAUAUGGUUUUAAAGAGUAUCUAUUUGAGGCACCCAGCGAUAUCCCUACUCCAGUUUAUAAGAACAAUGAUUUUGAUGGCUCUGCGGAUCAUUCUUUCCACCCUAGAAGGGUAAAGGUUGAAUUACCAGUUCGUGUGGAUUUUGUUGGGGGUUGGAGUGACACGCCUCCAUGGAGCUUGGAGCGUGCUGGUUCUGUUCUGAAUAUGGCAAUAAGUUUGGAAGGUUCUCUUCCCAUUGGAGCCAUCAUAGAGACGGCAGAAACAACUGGUGUCUUUAUUAAAGAUGAUGCUGGAAAUGAGAUACACAUUGAAGACCUAACCUCAAUUGCUACUCCAUUUGACGGCAAUGAUCCCUUUCGGCUUGUCAAAUCUGCACUGCUUGUGACUGGCAUUACUCAUGAAAGUGUUGUUGCAUCCAUGGGCUUGCAGAUCAGGACAUGGGCCCAUGUUCCUCGUGGCAGUGGCUUGGGGACUUCUAGUAUCUUAGCAGCUGCAGUUGUGAAGGGACUUCUCCAGAUUACCGAUGGAGAUGAAAAUAAUGAAAAUGUUGCAAGACUUGUUCUUGUAUUAGAGCAGCUCAUGGGAACAGGUGGUGGUUGGCAGGAUCAGAUUGGGGGUCUCUAUCCUGGUAUUAAAUUUACUGCAAGUUUUCCUGGAAUCCCAUUGCGACUACAAGUCGUCCCACUUUUGGCUUCUCCUGAGUUAAUUUCAGAGUUGCAGCAACGCUUGCUUGUGGUUUUUACUGGUCAAGUUCGACUUGCACACCAAGUCUUGCAAAAGGUGGUAAUCCGAUACCUUCGAAGGGACAACCUUCUUGUAUCCAGCAUCAAGCGGCUCGCUGAGUUGGCUAAGAUUGGGCGAGAAGCUUUGAUGAAUUGUGACAUAGAUGACCUUGGGGAGAUAAUGUUAGAGGCUUGGAGGCUGCAUCAAGAACUCGAUCCUUACUGCAGUAACGAAUUUGUCGAUGGACUUUUCGGAUUUGCACACCCCUAUUGUUGUGGCUACAAGCUUGUUGGAGCUGGGGGGUGGAGGCUUUGCCUUGUUGCUUGCCAAGGAUGCUAG